AUGGAUUCCCCUCACAGCACUACUCAUACUCUGUCCAUCAUGAAUCUAUUCUAUCUUUUCAUUCUUUUGUCAUCAAACCUUUUAACCAUGUUCAUCUCCACCACUUUCUAUUUUUCAUGUUCGAAUUUAAACAUACAAACGGUUGAUACCGCCACGAGUAAACCGCUGCCUAGUGAAUUUACUGCCUUCACAUCACCAAAACAGCUACCAUUUGGAAUGAACUCAAAUUUCGGGUCAGAUAAACUAUAUCCUCCAGUUGGCAGCCCAUGCACCCUUUUUCGUAAUGAACUUGACCGCUACAUGACCUAUAAAGUCAAUGGAUACUGCCCAGAUGAUGAACUUUUAGCCCAAAAACUAUUACUUAAAGGGUGUGAGCCACUCCCUCGUCGCCGCUGUCGCCCAGCUGCACCGAAAAACUACGUCGAACCUUACCCAAUUCCAGAAAGCUUCUGGUCAACACCACCAGAUUCAUCUGUAGUCUGGACAACGUAUACUUGCAAGAACUACUCAUGUUUAAUCAACCGUAAACGAAACCAGAAAGGGUUUGAUGACUGUAAAGACUGUUUUGACCUUGAAGGUAGAGAGAAGACUCGGUGGGUUGAUGCCAAAGUCAGGGACGGUAUUGAGUUCGGGAUUGAUGAAGUAUUGGAAACUAAAAAACCUGGGUCAAUCCGCAUCGGACUUGAUAUUGGAGGGGGUGUUGCGACGUUUGCAGUAAGAAUGAGAGAAAGGAAUGUAACUAUAAUUACAACAUCUUUGAAUUUAAAUGGUCCUUUUAAUAGUUUUAUAGCGUCAAGAGGCGUUGUACCUAUGUACAUUAGUAUUUCUCAAAGGCUUCCGUUUUUUGAUAACACGUUAGAUAUAGUUCACUCGAUGCAUGUUUUGAGUAAUUGGAUACCGACGACGUUGUUACAUUUUAUGCUUUUUGACAUUUACAGGGUUCUUAGGCCCGGCGGUCUGUUUUGGCUUGAUCAUUUCUUUUGUGUAAGAGAACAACUUGAAGAAGUUUAUAUACCACUUUUAGAAAGUAUUGGAUUUGAUAAAGUGAGGUGGGUGGUAGGAAGGAAGCUGGAUAGAGGACCGGAGUUGCAAGAAAUGUAUCUUUCAGCAUUGCUGGAGAAGCCACUAAUUAACUCUCAGUAG